AUGGGCCUUUUCAGCACGAAACUCAAGUUCCCCAUCCACAUGGUCCAGAUCGCCUUGGCGCUGGCAGCCAUCGGCGUCACAGUAGUCCGCAUGUUCCUCCCCAAUGCCCCCAGGGGUAGAUCCGGAACCAUGGCGUUGGGAAUGGGCGCGAAAUCACUCAUCAUCAUCCUCUACCAAAUCCUCACCGAACACGUCUCGUCGCUCAAGCGCUGGGCCAGCCUCAAGGCAAACCUCAUUCUCAACGCCCUCGAGAUCGUCUUCUGGGCCGCCGUUGCCUACAUGUCGAUCCAGUCCAACACGCAGGGGCAGUGCAUCGGCACAACCUGCGUCCUCGGCUGGGUCGUCGUCGUCGUCGGCAUCCUCCUCAGCAUCAUCGCCGCCUGGGCCACCGCCAUCUCCUGGCUCGACUUCCGCUACUUCAAGGCCAACGGCGUCACCCGCGGCUCCCUCCGCCAACAACAGCUGCCCCUUCACAGCCGCAACAACAGUGCUCAGAGCCAGAUCUCCGAGACCAUUGAGGUCCAGGAGCAGAACAAGCUCGUCCCGCAACCCGCCGUGGCGCCGGUGCACCUGAGCGUCAGCGGCCACCAAAGGCGCGAGCAGGAUUAUAACAACCAGUACGCGCAGCAGUACGCUCAGCAGUACGCUCAGCAGUACCAGCAGCAAUACCAGCAGCAAAACCAGCAGUACCAACAGCAGCAGUACAACAACCAGUACCACAAUCAAUACCACAACCAGUACCACAACCAGAACCCGUACCAACAACGGGCAUAG